AUGAGGGAAGAUACAGAGCAUAUAGCCAUUAAAUGUGAAAAGCUUUCGGAGAUCAUAGUAAAAAUGAGACAGUGGGGUUUUAACGUCCCUUCCUUUCAAAAUCUGGAUGAAUGCAUUGAAGAACUCAAUAAUACAACGGACAAAGGAAAUGCAAAAAAUUAUGCUUUGAUCGUUUAUUACAAUUGGAGAUCACGGAAUCUGAGCAAACAUGGGAAUUCAGAACUUCCCACUGCAGUCAUAGCAGCUGAAGUUAUUUCUCAAGCAUCCUUCUAUCUUUUUUCACCAACCGAGAAGAACUGGAGCACUAAUCAGCAUUUGCUGCCUAAAGCUUGGUGUCCCCCUCCUGAAGGUUGGUUAAAAUUGAAUGUUGAUGCGGCUUUACUGGAUUCAAACUUGGCGGGAGUAGCUGGGCUGAUCAGAGACUAUGUUUUGCGUGUAUUACAGUCUUCUGAUGAUUCAUAUGUCUAUGAUCGGGUUGUAUCAUCUAUAUUUGAUAUGAAGCGAUUAGUCGUGAAGGCCCUUCACCUGAACGGUGGUAGCUCAAAGCAGAUCAGAGAUGACCCAUCUUUUUUGCAGUACACAGAGUUGGAUACUGAACUUCAAGACAACGCGAUUGAAAUCACGAAAGAAGUUUUUAGACAGCAUGGCGCCAAGAGAUUAGAGAUAUCUCCUAUGCGUAUACUGGAUGGUUAUCAGCCUGUCAACAGAUGGAAUACUGUCAAGCUUCUUACUUCUGGAGGGGAUAUGCUUGAGCUUUGUCAUGAGCUACGUACACCUUUUGUUGACUGGCUUGUGGCUAACCAGGUGUUUUCUUUCAAACGUUACGAGGUAAACAGGGUAUAUAGGAGAGCAGUUGGCCAUUCUACUCCAAACCGUUUCUAUCAGGGAGACUUUGAUAUAAUUGGAGGUUCUUCACCGUUAAUGGAGGCAGAGGCAGUUAAGGUGGUAGUGGAUAUUGCAACUAAAUUCUGUCAUCCAAGUAUGAUUGAUAUUCGUUUGAAUCAUACCCAAGUUUUGGAAGAAGUUUGGUCUUGGGCAGGAGUCUCAACGGAACUCAGACAAAAUGUUGCCGAGCUUCUUUCAUUGAUUGGAUCUUCUCCUCCACACUCAACUAAGCGGAAAUCAAAUUGGGGGUUUAUACGCAGGCAGCUCUUGCAGGAUCUGCAUCUUUCAGAAGUUGUUGUUGAUAGAUUGCAAACAGCAGAUUUGAGGUUUUGUGGAUCUGCUGAUCAAGCUCUAGCGAGGUUGAGAGGAGCCCUUUUUCCGGAUAAAUUCACUCGUAAGGCCCUUGAGGAGAUUUCAACCCUCGUCAGAUACUUGAGAAUAUGGAACAUGGAGAAAAAUAUAUCUAUAGAUGUUCUUAUGCCUCCUUCAGAAGAGUACUACAGAGGCCUUUGCUUCCAGAUAUUCUUAAAAGAUCACAUGCAAGUUCCAGUAUCUGAAGCUACCUUAAUGGCUGUUGGUGGCCGCUACGACUAUUUGGUUCAUCAGAAGUGGAAUUACGAAAAUAGGUCCAAUCCUCCUGGUGCUGUUGGAACCAGCCUUGCAAUGGAGAAGGUGUUUCGUCAUUGUUCGGUAGAUAUCAAGCCCUCCAGAAUUGAGCUCAACAUCAAUGUGCUUGUCUGCUCCAAAGGUGGGGGAGGACUACUGCUUGAACGUAUGGAAUUGGUUGCUGAACUGUGGCAAGCAAGCAUGAAGGCAGAGUUUGUCCUACUAGAGGACCCAAGUCUCACUGAGCAGUAUGAAUAUGCAGCAGAGCAUGAUAUUAAAUUCCUCGUUCUCAUAACUGAAGCUGGCCUUACUCAAACUGGUCUCAUAAAGGUUCGUCAUCUUGAGCUGAAAAAGGAGAAGGAAAUCGAAAGAGGGGAAGUUAUCAAGUUUUUGACCGAUGCCGCAUCUACUCAAUUCAGGAACCUUUCAAUUUGGAAUUGAUUACAAAUCCUACCUCUACUGGCUUCUCUACUUUGUUUGUAAAUCAUUUCUGAUUUAUAUUAAUUUGUGAGCUAAUCUGCAAUUCCUCGGCUUAUUUCUCUUGUAUAUAAUUUUCACUGGUUUUUUUAGCGAGUGUAUGAGUACCCUCCAAUGCAGUGUAAGCAGACCUAUCUCAAACAAUGAUUAUAUUCUACAUUUUUUUUUAAA